CAUGCGUAAGAAAAGCAGCGCGGAAGUGUCUGCAGAGCUGCUGCUGUUGUUGUUCUCUGACUGGACCACAGCUAGCUUACAGUACAUAUGGACCAACACAGCUCCCACAUAGAGAUCCACACUGAAGUCUGGUCUGUGUAACGUUCAGGAUCAAUGCAAAUGUCUUGAUCAUGGAGAAGCUUGAUCAGACAGCUGCUCUAGUUUUAUUCCUCUGGAGUGUUUUCAUGCAGUUCAGUCGCAUGUCAGGUCUGGGGAUCAAUGAACUGCUGUACUUCCGAGUCAUCAGUCCAGAGGAUAUCAGCUACAUCUUCAGUGCAGCUCCUGCUAAAGACUUUGGAGGAGAUUUUACGUCGUCGUAUGAUGAGAUUUUCCUGGUGCCAGCAGACCCAGCAGACGGCUGCUCAGAGCUGGAGGACAGAGAAAUCAUCCAGGGACAAGUAGUCCUGGUGGAAAGAGGAGGUUGCUCCUUCGUCCAAAAGGCCCGACAUGUGGAGGAAGCAGGAGGAAAAGCUGUUCUAAUAGCUGAUAAUGCGGUGGACAAUGACAGUCAGUACCUUGAUAUGAUCACCGACGGAAGCACCGCCAAACCAAGUAUUCCUGCUCUGUUCCUGCUGGGACGCGAUGGGAUGAUGAUCAGACGAUCUCUUCAGAGACAAGCGCUGCCGUGGGCCGUCAUUUCCAUUCCUGUCAAUGUUUCCUCCCUGGCCUCGUUCCCACUCAAGCAGCCCCCGUGGACACUGUGGUAGAAAUGACGCGCAUCCACAACUUACAACAAUAAUAAACAUUCUUUCAUCAGUGCA